AUGACCUCAAUAUCAGCCUCAGCGUCGGCACUGCCCAACAUCAACGGCGACGACGCGGCGUCUGGACUGGAAGGCCGCCACCUCACCAUUCUGUACAUGACGCAAACGGGCACCUCACAGGACGUCGCACUGCGAAUCGCACGUCACGCCCAGCGCAAGCGCUACACCGUCUCAGUCACGGAUGUUGCAGACUACGACGCCACCGACUUGGUCGGCGAGAGUCUUGUAUUGUUCGUGAUUUCGACGACGGGACAGGGCGAAUUCCCCACGAGCGCCCGUCCGUUUUGGAACUUCCUCCUGCGCAAGGGCAUCCCCGAAGACAUCCUCGCCGACGUCACUUUCUCCGCCUUUGGACUGGGCGACACGACGUACCUGAGAUUCUGUUGGCCCGUUAGGCUGCUAAGCAGGAGGCUGAAGGCGCUAGGUGCUGUGGAGCUGGUAGAGCACGGCGAGGGGGAUGACAUGCAUUAUUUGGGGCUGGAGGGCGAGCUUGUGCCGUGGCUGGAGAGGUUCUGGGCAAAGAUGGACGAGGUUCUGCCGCUGCCCGAAGAGGUGAGAGAGGUCGGGAGGGACGAGCUGCUGCCCCCUGCAACGAUGGUGAGGAGAGUGCAAAGUAAGGGUGCGGAGAACGAAGACAGGUCCAGCAGGGAGGAGAGGUUCACGAGACAUCUGGAAGAGCAUGGGUGGUCGCGAUCGACGUUGAGCAAGAAUGAACGUAUGACGGCCGCCUAUCACUUUCAAGAUGUACGUCUGCUCGAGUUUGUCGAUCCUCCGACUACCGGAAGGUGGUCCUCGCGCAACGGCAGCAACGCACGAGCAGCACAAAGCAUCACUUCAACCACCUAUCGACCAGGCGACGUGCUCUGUCUGCACCCCAUCAACGAUGAGCCUGCCGUCACCGAGAUGCUCGCGCGCCUCAACUUGGACGGUUCCACCAUGGUUACCCUAUCCGGCACCACCGUCCCCUCCACCGUGCCUCAAGCACCGCACUCAAUGUCACUUCAGGACCUCUUCACCAACCACCUUGAUUUCACCGCCGUACCGACGCGGUCGUUCUUCGACCAGAUCCGCCUCUUCUCCCCCACUGGAUCGCUGGAACGAGAGAAACUCGAUGAAUAUUGUGGCAUCUACCCGGCCGAGGAGCUGGCCAAAGGAGCUAACCCGCAAGAUGGGAUCGACGAGAUGUUCGAAUACGCUCAAAGGCCGAGGCGGACGAUCAAGGAGGUGCUCGAAGAGUUCAAGUCCGUUGUUGUGCCGUUGGAGUAUGUGGCGGAUGUGAUACCGUGGAUCAAGCCGAGAGAGUUCAGUAUUGCGAGUGCACCGCCACCGUCCACGACACCAACACCACACACUGAUGAUGCUACCAAUGAAGAUGGUGAUCGGUCGCAUGCUAUUCAGCUCAGCGUGGCGAUCGUCAAGUACAAAACGAGGUUGCGCAAGUCGCGCACAGGUCUAUGCACUCGAUGGCUUGCAAAGCUGCCUAUUGACACGCAAGUACCCAUAUUGCUCAAGCAGGGGUAUUUGACUCUGCCGCCGCGAGAAGCACCGCUGAUCCUGAUCGGUCCAGGAACUGGGUGCGCGCCUCUCCGAUCGCUCGUAAUCGAACGGCUCUCCUCCCACGACUCUGCCGUCACGCCGCCGGAGAUCCAUCUGUUCCUUGGCUUCCGCUACCGACACAAGGACUAUCUCUUCAGCCAAGACUGGCAGACGCUCCAACAGCAACACGCAAACACGCUGCAUCUGCAUACUGCGUUCAGCAGGGACGGCGAGGAAAAGACGUAUGUUCAAGAUCUGAUUGUGCGGGAGGAGAACGCGCAGAUGCUGUGGACUGCGAUUGUCCAGCGCAAUGCGUGGGUUGUUGUGGCGGGCGCGUCGGGGAAGAUGCCGGAGCAGGUGAGGGGGGCAUUUGAAAGGUUGGCGCAGAUGUGUGGUGGGAUGGACGAGGAUCAGGCGACGAGGUUUUUGGAUAGUUUAGAGAGGCAGAGGCGGUGGCAGGAGGAGUGCUGGUCGUGA